GCAGCUAUCAAGAUUUGCUCUCAGGAUUUCUCGAGAUUCAACAUGGACAAGUUUUCGGUACUCCUAUUUUUCGCUACCUUCGCUCUUUUCGCACCAGCGGAGGGCGUAAUACAGUUUGGAAAAGGAACAUUCACUAUCCUAGCUCAAAACGACUUUUCUUGCAAGCCAUUUGGUUUUGCAAACUCUUAUACUAGCGCCCAACUACCUGAGAUCCAUGUUCAAACAGCCAUCUUAGCCGAUGAUAAUGAAUAUACAUACGAGGCGACUGUAAGCUGGGUCGAGAAGAUUACCGAGAAUGGAUUUAUGGCAUGUGUAGAGACGGCCGGACCUGUCCCAGUCUCUCGUGUGAUCAAACUCCAAUGGAUGACAUACGCGGGCUCACCAGGAACUGGACUUGCUGGAAAAUCUGACGUGCCUCUCUUUACUUCUGGUACCGAAUGCGUGGAUGUUGACUUUACUGGAAAGUCUUUCCCCUCUGCACCAUACGUGUACGUGACCGCCAUCCACAAGACGAGCUUCGAGAACAGCCAUGAUGCAAUGAGUGUAUGGGCUGAAGGCGCCACCCAGUAUUCAUUCAAAGCUUGUCUUCGAGAGUUGAAGAAUUUUGAUGGCGUUCACGAGUCGAUUGCAGUGGACUGGCUAGCCUUGGAAGGGAUUCCAAACGGAUGGUCUAUACCCAUUGGAAAAUCAGUAACCAUGCCUAAUUCAGCUGCAUUGACCAGCGCUACCCACUAUAGUUUCUGUCAGGAUAUAACGUUUGAUGAUGGUUUCUACGCCACGCCUGUUAUGAUCACAACCGCUCUUCACAACACAGACAGUAAUAACCCAAAAGCUAUCCUACCAGACAACAAUGCUAUAACUGAAUGGAUCGAAGGUGUAACUGUCAGUGGCUUCACCGUCUGCAUGAAGGACAUCCAACCUUUCGAUGGCCAUCAUGAUGCUGUUAACAUCGAGUACCUAGCCAUUGGAGAUCUUGAUCCAUGUAUCGGUGUAAGUUGUGAUUUCUAUGCUAAAUGCAAAGCCUUUGGACCUAAAGAUGCCCGAUGUAUCUGCCCAGAAAAUUGCGACGACUUUGAAGACCAGAAAUGUGGUGACGAUGGUGUGACCUACCAAAAUCAGUGCAAGCUAGAGCAAGCUAUGUGCAACCAGCGAAAAAUUAUUACUGUAGUGCACGAAGGACCCUGCUUUCCUUUCAUUCUACAUCGUGGACGCGUCCGCCUCACACUGGAUACUACUGAUGUCCAGUGUAGGACCAUCGCCUACACCACACAGAACUUCCUUCCAAACUAUAAAGUCCACGUACAGGCGAGUGUCAACUACUUCAGCUCCGGUGCUAACGCAAGCUUUAUUCAUGAUGCUGCUGUUGUCUGGACCGAGGAAAUAAAUAUCAGUAACUUUACUGUGUGCGCGCUUAAGGCUGGCAGAAAUGACCGGGAUACACCCGACAAUGGAGACACUUUUGUUGACUUUAUUGCAUACCAAGGGUCUCCUGCUGGCGCUGUUGCUGGUGAGGAAACGCUGAACAACUGGUGGGAUGGAACGACCUGCACAGCUGUUAGCCUUCCUUCAAACAAGUUUACUUCGAAUCCUUACGUUGUGGUGUCGGCGCUACAUGGAGUCCUAGACCGGAAGCACGACGCAGCUACCGCAUGGGUUGAAGACAUCACGACCUCGUCGUUCAAGAUUUGUCUUCGUGAACUGCAAAACUUUGGACUCCAUAAGGACAUAAAAGUGGACUGGUUUGCAUACGACACUCUUCCAUCCACUCUGUCAUCAGAAAGACACAAGUUGUCCUUCAAAAACGAUUAUCUUCCUCUUGCUAGCGAUAAUCAUGCCUUCUGUAAGAUGAUGACUUUCGACAAGCAGUUUGCUAACGGUCCUCCUACAGUCAUCGUUACUCCUACAGUCAUCGUUACUCCUGGUCACAACACAGGCGUUGGAGCAAUGAUGCCAGACUACAACAGCAUCGCUGCCUGGGUCGAGCAUAUCGGAACUUCUUCUGCCCGUGUGUGUGUGAAGGAACUGCACAGCCCUAACGGCUAUGACCCUGUAGAGCUCUCAUCUCUCAUAAUUGGUACUUAGAUUAAAUACUCAAGUGGUAGAAGGAUCUGAGCUUCAAGAUGGACAAGACGGAUUUAGAAUUAUAAUAUAAAGUAUUUAACACAGAUAAUAAUAUGGAAAAGUUUAUAUUGUAGAACUAUAAUAAGAUUGAUUAUAAAAUAAAAUAUUUUACAAGCA